GAUUACCACAGCAGACGAAAACGACAACAAGUUAGUUGACACAAAAGUAAAAAUCACCUUUUGUAAGAUGACUGACGAAAGAAACAAAAUGACGCAAAAUGUUCCUUCUGAUUUAUCAGUCGUUCGAUUUUCUUCUGUUAGAGCCCAGGAAAUUGUUGCUCUCACAAAAAUGAUAGAAAAUCCACAAUGCACCAAAUUACUUUUUCAAAAACUGCCAUGUCAUAUGCGAAGAAGAGCAAUGAGCCAUAACCCAAACAGAAUGCCAAGAACCUUAAGGGAAGCCCACAAGGCCCAAAUGGCAAAGAGUGGUCCAGCAACCCAGCCUAAGAGGCCUAGAAGGAAAUAUAGACGCAGACCAAGCAGAUUGCUGGAAGAGUAUAAAAAGCGAUCUAGUAAAGUCUCUUGGCUAGAAACACACCUGUGGCAUGCCAAAAGGUUUCACAUGGUAAUCAAGUGGGGACAUCGUCUUCCUGAAAGAUCUUGCGCUCGCAGUCACAGAUUCUGCUACCGUUCAGUAGCUCAACAUUGCCUGCUAAUGGACAUAUCGUACUUGUGUUGCGUUGAAAUUCAAGGUCCACAGGAUGAGAUCGUUCGAGGCCUUAUCUCUCUCUGUGAUCCUAAAACUGGCCCAACGUUUGGUGCGUCUACUUUCCUUAAUGGCACUCGUGAAGGAAGAGUGAUCAUUUUCAAGCGAAAUCAGUUUUCGAGCGGCCCCAUCGGCUUGGUUACGUUUUUGUGGUGCAAUACAGGGAAUCCGGAUAUGCGAACCUUUCUCAACUUUGACUGUCGAUUGAAAUUGCUCGUUACCCUUUAUUGCUACUUGUUCGUCGAUUCCAGAUAGCAUGACGCAUCAUCUUACCUGAUCACUCAUCACCUCACCUUUCUGCUUGGUCACCUCGUCACAUGAUAUCAAAUAUUAGGUUGCGUCUAAAGCGAAAGCGGUUUGUUAACUUAAUAAAAUGUUUAGUUUGGUCGAUUGUCAUGUGUAUAAUGAAAAAUAAGUAAAAUGCUCGAAUACAUACAAAGGAUAAAGUAAA